AUGCAAACACAUACUCCUCCAAGCUCUAUCGGCCACGCCCGUCAGAGUAGUGAUGAAUCUUGUCGAAGUUCACAACAGCUCCAGGAUUCAUGCAGCUCACGCCUCGGACGGAAGCACAGCAGAGUCUCACCAUCUGACUCGAUGACAUCCGACUCGUCAUCCAAACAUCGACGAUUAUCAUCGUCCAAAGACAUAUCAGACAUCAUCACCGCAAUACCCAAACCUCCUGCAAUUACCAAGCAGCUAUCUCGAUAUGUCCUUCGUGCACAACAGAAGUUCACGCCGUAUGAGAAGCUGCAUGGUCGCUUGCCCAGUGCACUAGAGCUUCGCUAUGCUGAUAGGUUUUGCGGGAGGUACCCUGGCGAGACCGAUAUGAGUCUAGCAGAUGUCCAAGUGGGCAAAGACGUCCUCGAGCGCGGUAUUGCGCUCCUAUCUGAGGAGACUAUUGCUCAAAUCAUCGUCGCCAAGCGGGCUGCUUGUGAAUCUAUGCGCUUGCGCGCUAUGACAAUGGCUUGGGAAAUACAGGCCUCAUCGGAACACUCCAAGCUUCUUGAAUUGAUUUUCAAGGACGAAGCCAAAAAGUUUGCCGAUCGUGCUGCGGCAGUUUCCUUUAUGGAAACACUUGUUCCACAGGACAAGCAAGAGCUUGAGUCUACUGUAGACUUCCACGUCGGUGCAUACAGUCAUGACCUCACGUCACUUGCUGUUGGUGACCUACAACUUGAACAAAUUGAGGACCUUGCACGCAACUUGCCCGAGAACCACAAGUCGCGUCAUCAUCAUGAUGCGGGAAGGAAAUUUUCGGAGUCUGAGUCAGAGUCCGAAUGGGAUGGUUGA